UCUUCAUCCACUUCCAACGUCCCAGCAGCAUUACAACGGUUCACCGGGUCCGAUAAGGCUUCGAUUGCCCCGAUAUCUCCAAUAUGUCUGCUCCAGAGGACUCCGUCCCUGGUCUUGGCCUGGAUCUCACCGUGGAAGAUUCGUCAUCCACGUUCUUGGCGUUUGCUCAAACCUUUGACGAUCCCAGCAGCGACGACGUCAACAGCGGCUCCGACUUUCUCGGCCCCAAUGAUGAGGGCCUGUUCGAAGAGCUGGAGUUGCUCCACAUACUCCAAUCCAAUUCUAUGCAACAAAGCCCGUCCUUUACACCAACACACGGACACGUCGACUCGUCGCAGCCGGGCCCUUCUAUGUCGGAUCCUGCGAGAUCGACAACGACAUUCCGUCCGCCUUUGACACUGACAACUAAAGGAGCGCCGCCGCCUAAAAUCGGAACUCGCUUUUCUAGAGAUUCAGUUCGAAUCUUGCGGAACUGGCUCACAAAUCAUAGUGACCAUCCUUUCGCCAGUGAAGAAGACAAAGACCUGCUGCAGCGUCAAACUGGACUCUCAAAAACCCAAAUCGCAAACUGGCUUUCCAAUUCUCGGCGUCGUGGAAAGAUCCAAGGUCCCAAUCUUGCCUUGCCACAGCCUUCGGAUAGUUCCACUCGCUCGAUUGAGAUCCACCGACGACCAGGUACCCCGGCACCGAAGUCGAGGACAGAGCUCAUGAACCCACUGGAACGAUGGGUUGAUUCUCCACCUGAGAAUGAACCUGCGACAGCGACAGCUAUUGCCCGCGCCAUGGCAUCAAGUUCAAGAGUGUCAUCAGGCCGUGACAGUCCAUGUAGCUUUCGUCCCUCCAACGACGGGUCAGGCACCCCCCUCUCUCGAGCUUCUUCCACAGGCAGCAUUAUCACUUCGCGAUCAAGUGGUAGUUCUGUAAAUUCCCACAAGUCUCAGGAACUAACCGGGUCCCUGAAACUCUUUGGUCGGUCGCACACACGCCGGAAACGACGCAUCGCUCUCAGACAAAUGCAUACCAAAACAUCCCUUGUCGUUCCUCUGAAUACGUUCCAGUGCACGUUUUGCACAGAAACGUUCAAAACCAAGCAUAACUGGCAGAGACACGAGAAAUCACUGCAUCUAGCUCUCGAGAGAUGGGUUUGCGCCCCGAAUGGGCCACGGGAGAUGGAUUUGGAUCUUGUGCCCGUCUGCGUCUUCUGCGGUUUGGUGUCUCCCGAUGGCGCCCAUAUCAAGACGCACAACUACUUGGAUUGCCAGGAACGAGUACAAGAAGAGCGAACAUUCAACCGGAAAGACCAUCUUGGUCAACACCUGCGCCUCGUUCACAACGUCAAGGCAACAGACCUCGACGGACCUCUGUCGCGUUGGAAAGUUGCAGCGCCAGAUAUACGGUCACGCUGUGGAUUUUGUGGCGUUUCCAUGGAGAAUUGGGGGUUUAGAGUCGACCACCUUGCGGACCACUUCAAGUCGGGCAACACUAUGGCUGACUGGAACGGCGACUGGGGUUUCGACACUGAUGUACUUGCCAGACUGGAAAACUCAAUACCUCCAUAUUUCAUCGAGACUGAGCGAAACACACCGUUUCCAUUCGAGGCCAGCAAUGCACCUUCGGAAUCCCCACCCAAUGCCUACGAGCUGAUCGAGCUUGAGCUGAUGCAUUUUGUGCAAGCCUAUUACGAUGGGGCCAGGAAGUUACCAAGUUCUGAUGAGAUACAAUUUGAGGCGUGUCGCAUCAUUCUCGCAUCCGAAGCAUCAUCAAGUCAAGACAGUCCAAGCUCAUCGUGGCUAAGAGACCUGAUCAUGUCCUCUGACACUAUUGUGCGUCAGGCCAAGUUUAGCCCCAUGCGAUCAAGUGCCGAGUGUCGACUGCCGGUGCUGAAAAUAAUUGGCCAAGAUGGCCUUUUUGAGUCGUGCUCGCUGGAACUUCAGCUCCUCGAAUUUGUACGCGCGGAUCAUCCUGCUCCUCUGACGGAUCACGAGCUUCAGCAAGAAGCAUCCCGGAUCAUCAGACACAUUGAGGAUCAGUCAACUUCUCCUGCCGAGUUCAUAGCCAAUUGGCUUACUGAGCUGGUUGCGUCCUCAACUAGUUGGCUCGAUAGCUUUCGGCUUCGAGCUAAUAUCCCUAGGCCUGAAACCGGCCUGGAGACAGGUCAGUGGUCGCGGGACUCGGCCAAGAUUGAUUCCAUCAUGAAAAACUACACUGAACUGGAACGGAGACUGUCUGAAUAUGUGGACCUACUUCGAGCGCAUGGAAUCGAACCGGACGACGCGACGCUGCAACACCAGGCUCAGGAUCUCAUUGCAGAGUUCAAUGACGAAGAGUGGAAGCAAGUAGCGUCGUCCAAUAACUCGUGGCUCAUGGCUUUCAAGAGACGGUAUCUCAAUGGCCCCAAUAACCAAGCCCAGCCAAAUUACUCCCAGUUGACGAGCGCACCAAUUGGAAGACUAAUGUCCCUCGGAUCGGGCCUAGCUGCACAGCUAUCCUAUGAUACUUCAGGCCGAAGCACCUCCAACGCAUCUGGGAAAUCUCCAAACGUGGAGACGGGGCCAACGUUUACAAAGAGUGGUAUCUUAUAUCCGCACAAUGCUAAUUUCCAUCGGUGGGUGGCACUGGAGUUGGCCCGGUGGGUAGUGGCAACUAUGUCCCCGAAUAACCCCAAUCGGCAUGUCCCCACGGAUGAGGAGCUACAGCAUCAAGCUAGGUGGAUAUACUAUGACGAUGACGAUCCGUGGAACCAGACCCCUGCCGACAACUCGGAGUGGCUGCGUCGCUUCAAGCUAGAGAUAGGUAUUUUAAAGGAAGCGGGAAUGGAAUCGACUCCGAAUACUUGAUCGCUAGGAAUAUAUGAGCAUAGGGAAUGAUACGGCCCGAAACUCAUACGCUCAGAUCAACUGGAAUUAGACACUCGGUCAUUAGGACUGCGAUGUUUGGGAAUGGAUUGCGAAAUCCAGCCCGGAUUAGUGAACAUUAAUUUAUCUCGAAAAACGUAUAUUGGCUACGGAUCAUACAGCGCCCACGAUUUAUUUAAAU